GACACAAACCCUUAACAUUUUCCUCAUUCAAAAAGUCCCUUUGGCCACACAUCAUUGUGACCUUGCCUUACCCUAUUACUAACUUUUUAACUUGUAUCCAUUUGUCAUCUUCUCAAACAGCAGUCGAUUCUAAUCUCUGUUGCUAUCAUCAGGAAUCCAAUUAGAAGGACCCCAAAACACUAAACAAUAAUGCUCAACAGCUAAAAAAAAAAAUGAUGAUCUCCUAAUAUGCACCCUCUUGUAUUAUAUACCACUUCCAAGCCACUACAUGACAAAUUCACCAAAAUAUAGACCACCCCAUAAUCAUCCCCACUUACCCCAACAUCAAAGAAGUCCUAAAGUUUGAAACUUUUCCCCAAAGAUUGAAAAUUUUUAUGUCAUUGCCAAAUGGGUAGGCAAGAUAAUGAUCACACAAUGGUGAAUUCCUCCAUUGCUCUUCUCCAAGAGAGGUUUAGGCAAUUGGAGAAACUUCUUAAGUUGCUGUCUUCUUCUCCUUCUUCUUCCUCUUCUUCAGAAACUCAUGAUCUGAGGGGUAAUUUAUCAUCUAUGCAGAACCAACAAGCAUCACAGAGGAAUAAUAACUCUCUACAACCAAGGUUGAUGGUUCCAUCACAUAGGCCAGGUUUUCAUGAUGAUUCUCUUUCUCUUGGUCUCAACUUGAAUUCCAAGCAAGGUUAUUAUGAUCAUCAUAACUAUACCAUGAAAUCAUCAUCAUCACCAUCAUCAUCAUCCUCCUCCUAUAGUUUAUGGUCAUCACCACAAGGUGCAUCAUCGUCAUCAAGAAAUUUUGACAGCUCUGAUGUUGAUACUUCCCUUCAUCUGUAAAUAUAUAUGUACUUCUUCUCUAAUACCAAUAUAUAUUAUAUGUUUGUAUGAUAUUAAGUUAAUAAUCCUAUAUGUGUUCUCCAUCGUUUUGUAGCAGAAAUCCAAGGGGGCAGCAUGUAUCAGUGUAUGGAUAUAAUUCAUAUAAAGAAAACAGAAAUUACAUGGCAUUUUAUAGGCCAGAAAAUAAUGUUUUGGUAUUUUGUAAUGGAUGAAUGCAGUAAUAAUUCGAUUAUAAACACUACUUUUUUUAUUA